ACUGUAUAAUAACAACAAAGAAAGUCCCAAACUUGUAUGAGUUUCGUGCAAAUUAGAUCUCAACUUCCGGUGCCGGGUCAUCACUAGUGAAUUGAAAAUGGAGGAGACGAGAAGCAAGCAGUGGUGUUCUGUUUCUCUGUGUAACAAAGACGCGGUGCCUUGUGUUUUUCGGUCGGAGUUAACUGCAAGAUUAGUGUUUGCUUGUGGUCACGAAGAUGUUGCUGUUGCUGAUAGUGUUGCUUUGGACCACGACUACGACGGACGACCAUCGCCUGCAUUGAUUACAGGAAAGAGAGUACCUUGGAUCUUUGGAUCCUCCAAUGGGACCAUGGAUGAAAUGGAGGAAAAGCCGCUGAUCUCUGGCUGUAACGAGACUGAAAUGCACCAGGUUGACCUGAGAUUGAUUGUGAAAGAAGAAGACAUAAAAGAGGAGGAAUAUGGUCAUAUGAUAUCAUGUCCGGUCAAAGAUGAAGAAGAAGAAAAGCCUUUUGCAGAACGUCACUGUAAAAUUGAAACAGACGAAACCGACGAUACAGACUCUAACGAUGAAACACUACAGACACCAGCGGAGGUUGAAGUGGAGAUUGAGGAGGACGAGCAGCACGAUAACCAGCUGGAAAGUGUAUCAGAGCACACAAAUGUAACACAACAGAGGAUCCAUGGACAAAAUGAUGGACUCAACUUGCGACUCAAAGGAAGGCUUCACCACUGCACAGUCUGCGGGAAGAGUUUCACAGCCCUGACAGAACUCAAGAAACACCAGCAAACACACACUGUUAGUGUGAAUGAACAGCAGAACAAGACUGAUGGCAAAAAGACUCGUAACUGUGGGAGAGCAUUUAAGCGUUCAAUUCUUAAAAAGCACAUGCUUACACACACUACAAAAAAGCCUCAUAUAUGUGCCCAUUGUGGAAAAACAUUUAAAAGAUCCUCAAUUCUUAAAAAGCACAUGCUUACACACACUACAAAAAAGCCUCAUAUAUGUGCCCUUUGUGGAAGAGCUUUUUCACUCAUGUCAAAUCUUAAAACCCACAUGCGAACACACACUAUAGAGAGUUCUCAUGUAUGUGCUCAUUGUGGAAAAGCUUUUACGAAAUCCUCACAUCUUAAACAGCACAUGCUCACACACUCUGGAGAGAAGUCUCAUAAAUGUACCCAUUGUGGAAAAACAUUUAAAAAAUCCUCAAAUCUUAAAAAACACAUGCUUACACACACUGGAGAAAAGCCUCAUAAAUGUGACCAGUGUGGAAAAGCUUUUUCACAAAUGUCAGUUCUUAAAACCCACAUGUUUGUACAUUCUGGAGAAAAGCCUCAUAAAUGUGACGAGUGUGGAAAAGGUUUUUCACAAAUGUCAAGUCUUAAAACUCAUAUGCCAAUUCAUGGUGGAGAGAAGCCUCAUAAAUGUACCCAUUGUGGAAAAACAUUUAAUAGACCCUCAAUUCUUAAAAAACACAUACUUACCCACACUGGAGAAAAGCCUAAUAAACAUGUCCAGUGUGGAAAAGCUUUUUCACAAAUUUCAGGUCUUAAAUCCCACAUGUUUGUACAUUCUGGAGAAAAGCCUCAUAAAUGUGACCAGUGUGGAAAAGCUUUUUCACAACUUUCAGGUCUUAAAACCCACAUGCUUGUACAUUCUGGAGAAAAGCCUCAUAAAUGUGACCAGUGUGGAAAAGCUUUUUCACAACUUUCAGGUCUUAAAACCCACAUGCUUGUACAUUCUGGAGAAAAGCCUCAUAAAUGUGACCAGUGUGGAAAAGCUUUUUCAGUAUAUUCAAAUCUUAAAAAUCAUAUGUCAAUUCACAGUGGAGAGAAGCCUCAUAAAUGUGACCAUUGUGGAAAAGCUUUUUCACAACUUUCAGGUCUUAAAACCCACAUGUUUGUACAUUCUGGAGAAAAGCCUCAUAAAUGUGACCAGUGUGGAAAAAGCUUUUCAGUCUAUUCAAAUCUUAAAAAUCAUAUGUCAAUUCACAGUGGAGAGAAGCCUCAUAAAUGUGACCAUUGUGGAAAAGCUUUUUCACAACUUUCAGUUCUUAAAACCCACAUGUUUGUACAUUCUGGAGAAAAGCCUCAUAAAUGUGACCAGUGUGGAAAAGGUUUUUCAGUCUUGUCAGGUCUUAUCCCAUAUGCUAAUUCACAGUGGAGAGAAGCCUCAUACAUGUGAAGUUUGGAAAAGCUUUUUCACUAAUUUCAACUCUUAAAACCCAUAAGCUAAUACACACUGUCAAAAAGCCACAUACAUGUUUUCUUUAUGAAAAAGCAUUUGCAACACUCAGCUCUGAAAUGCUUACUUGCACACACACACACACACAC